CGUGCGGGCGUGCGGGCGCGCGGGCGGGGGCGGCUCCACCGCUCCGCCAUCUGGCGCUCGGCAGCCAUGGCCGGCGGACGGCGGGGUGCGCAGCUGCCGCAUCUCAGCAAGAUGGAGCGGGUGGUCCUGAGCAUGCAGGACCCCGACCAGGGCGUGAGGACGCGGAGCCAGCGCCUGUUCAUCACCGUCAUCCCGCACACCGCGGCAGGCGGCGACGUCGUGGCGUGGCUGAUCCGGAAGUACUGCAUCUCAGACGAGGAGGCCCUGCACCUGGGCACUCUCCUAGUGCAGCACGGAUAUCUGUACCCUCUGCGGGAGCCCCGCAGCCUCCUGCUCAGGCCGGAUGACACGCCCUACAGAUUUCAGACGCCCUAUUUCUGGACAAGCACCGUGUGGCCAGCUGCGGAGCUGGACUACGCCAUCUACCUGACAAAGAAGAACAUCCGAAAGCAGGGGACCCUGGUCGGGCACGAGAAGGAGCACUAUGACCAGCUGCACAGGAAGAUCAGCCACACCUGGGACCUGGUGGUGAUGCAGGCUCGGGAGCAGCUGCGGGCAGCUAAGCAGCGCAGGAAGGGGGACAGGCUGGUCAUUGCGUGCCAAGAGCAGAUGUACUGGCUGGUGAACAGGCCUCCGCCGGGUGUCCCCAGCGUCCUGGAGCAGGGUCCCAAGCGCAGCUCCUGUGCUGCUGAGCGAGUGCAGAUGGUGAGGCCCUGCCCAUGUGCCCCCAGGCCGCACCCUUCCACCCCUGCAUACGUGUCUCCCCACCCCAUGUGGGGGCUGCCCAACCAUCCGUCCCAACGGUGUCUGACCCCGACACCCAGAGGCCCUGCUCUGCUCCUGGCAUCAUGCGCCCCCGCCUGCACCCCUGCUUCCAGGUCUCUGCUAACCCUCACCUCUUGUCUCCCCAACCUGCUACGGUGGGUGCCUACCAAGAGCACAGAGUUCUACAAGCAGGAGAUGGAGCGCUGCAGGAAGGCCCUGACCAGGGCCCGGGUGAAGUCGUCCGUCUGCCUGGAGGCGUACCUGAAGUUCAGCGGCCAGCGUGGGCCACACGACCCCAUGAUGUCGGGCUGCCUGCCCAGCAACCCCUGGGUCAGCAACGAGGACGCCUACUGGACCAUCAACGCGCCCAGUGUGGCCGUGCCCACGAAGCUCCGUGUGGAGCGAUGGGCUUUCAGCUUCCAGGAGCUCUUGGAAGAUCCCGUGGGAAGGUCCCAUUUCAUGGACUUCCUCGGGACCGAGUUCAGUGCUGAGAACCUCAGCUUCUGGGAGGCGUGCGAGGAGCUGCGCCACGGAGGGCAGGCCCAGGUCCGCGCCACCGUGGAUGCCAUAUACCAGCAGUUCCUGGCCCCCGGUGCUGCCCGCUGGGUCAACAUCGACAGCCGGACGAUGGAGCGGACCCUGGAGGGCCUGAGGCAGCCCCACCGCUACGUGCUGGACGAGGCCCAGCUGCACAUCUACAUGCUGAUGAAGAAGGACUCCUACCCGAGGUUCCUGAAGUCCGCCGCCUACAGAGACCUGCUGGCAGAAGCUGUGGUUCCCCCAGAGGCCAAGAGACGGGUGUUCCCGUUUAUGCGUAAGCCGCUGCAUGCAAGCCCUAGCCCUGCUCUCCUUCCUGCCUCCCCCUCUGGGGAGCCUGUGGCUGCGACCAGUGGCCCUGAGUGUGGUGACAGGGGCACCUAGGUGGGCAGAUAGCAGGAGAGGGAAGUGGCCAUCCUCACCGCUGGCCUGGGGUCCUGGCAGCUCUUGAGACCCUUGGCAUGGGCGUCCCCUAGUGCCCAGAGGGCCCAGCCUUGCCCCCGUGUCUGUGGGGCUCUUGGGCUCUCACCUUUUCCCUUGUCAAGCCUUCCCCUCCCCAGAAGGGGCUGGUCCAGGGGCUGAUUCCUGGGAAAAGGUGUCCCUGAGCUUCGGUCACCUGGACAAGGGGAGGAUAAGGGGGUCCAAGCGGGGCUGGCUGCAUGAAGCCCCUGGCAUUCUGUAGUCUGCUGGCGGGACCCUGCGGGGACCACACAGCACACCCCAGUUCCACUGGGGCUGUCUCCGCCUUGCAGCCCGCCCUCACGGGUCUUGCCCACACCGUGGCCAUCAUUGUGCACGUCCCAGACCUCCUCCCGCAGGGACACCUCCAGUGCGUGUCCUCGAGGCUGGGGCUCCCCUGGAGCCUCGCGUGUGAGGCAGAGCUGACUCCAGGGCCUCACCUGGGACAGCCAGUCCCGUUCACGGCCAGGGCAGGUGGACUCCUUGGGGAAGAGGGGUGUGCCAGACCCGGGGGAGGUGUAGCUGGUCUCUUGGGGUGCGGCUCUCAUCAGGCCGGGGAGGUACCCGUGCUAUUCCCACCCACACCCAACCCGGAAAUAAAAGACCCUUGGCCCUCA